UGGCACCUGCCUAUAUGACAAAAUGUCGGGAUCACAGCGAAUGCGAAAGUCUUCGCCAUGCUCGACGUCGAAGCAAGGCCCAAUGCGCGCGACUCUUCCCGUAAGCUCGCUGUUACGACAAGGCCGGCAGGGUAGCAGCCUCAGGAAGAGCAACAGCAACAGCCCUACCGUGUCACCGACGAACGCGAGUGCGUGGCGGGCCCGCAUCUCGCCGGAGACCUCUUCCUCGGGACAACGAAGCCCCGGUUCCCUCUCUUACAAAGCAACCGAAUAUAUUCUUGAUAGUCCGGUUCUGGUAUCAAAAUCAAAAACAUUAAGUGGAAGAUGCAGUGAAAGUUUGAGUGGAAAUCAGAAUAUUCGAAGGACAGCAUCAUUAGAUACUAUCUAUUUGAAGGGACAAUGGCCUCGUGAUUCGUAUUACAUUCAUUCCAGUCUUCUUUUGGUUGACAAAUCUACACAGACAGAAGAAUGGUCCAAUGAACCAAGAAAAUUACAUACACGUCACCCAACAGAACAAACUACCACAGAUGAGAAACUGGAAAAAUAUUUCAGGCAUCGGUUACAACGUACAAAUAAGGAAGGCACUAGUAGUAGAGAACGAACAGCUGCAUUUGGGCUCAUAAUGCCUGGUGGGCCACCACCAGCUUUUCCUGCAGAUCAUACUGUUUUACCUAGUAUUGCUUCACAAACGUCUAUACACAAUCAAUUUAGUUUGAGUACAAAAGCAAGUCCUAUGAACAUACCCGUAAAACCAAUGAGGCCUCCAAUGCGUUCCUCUAUUGAAGGAUUAAAUCAAGAAAUUGAAGGACUAGUUCUUAAAUCUGCAACCAACCCUAGUGAUCCUGAUCAUCCAGUGGAAGACAAGUAUGCACGAUAUCGUGAACAAAUAACACCAGAAGGACAUCGUGCACCAUUAGCGGACCUACUGAGGGCUACUCGCAGUGUCAACACACAAACACCAGCUACCGACCUUCCCUCCAGUUCUUAUUCUUCAGGCCCUCCAUCUAGGAAUUCUGAGUCUCCGCUGAUUCCUGGUCUUAUGGAUGCCUCCCGUCCGCCUAGCGAUCUCUUACAAGGUGGAAGUCGUGGUUCAACCCCUGAACAAGAUAGAGAAGGACGUCUUGGCACCUCUCCUCACAUUAAUAGGUUCCUUGCAAGAGAACCACCCGAUGGCUGUGAGAAAGUCAAUCUUAAAUUCGUAGAGGAUGCCAGGCGACCCAUGAUAGACUUGAGCAAACUAGAGUAUUGCCCAAAGCCGUGUGUAGCAUUCCAGUUAAAACCUAGUUUGGGAUCAGCGUUCCUGCCAUUACAACAGCCAGCCAGUCCAACGAUGGUUGCCAGUGCAUCACCUUCAUCGCAUACAACACCAACUACACCUCCUCCAAAUCCAUAGUCCUGCUCUUUACCAUAUGGAAUAAUGUUCAUAAACCCAAUUGGUAUAUAUAUAUUUUUUCUUUUGAUGACCUCAUCGGUAGAAAGUGGUUUACUUUGAUAUGAAAGCAUAUACCAACAAAGAAAAGUUACCGAAAAAACAGCCUGUUCCCAGUGUGACCCAACGUUUCGGGCAUCGUAAACGUGUAAUUAAAAAAGUUAUAAUUGCAUUGAUACAAAACAUUGAAAGCAUCUGAGCUCCGUUAAUGUUUGAAACAAUAAUAAAUACGAGGAACAAUAAUUUGUGAUAACUAAAGAAAAAAAAUAAAACGACAUUUAGGAAUGAACAUUGUGUUCUACAGGGAGAAAGACUAAUAAAAUUGUGUAUUCUAAAUUUAGUGCUAAAACGUGCUAAACAACUUUAGUUUUGUAUACAGGGAUAAAUAUUCAAAAUGUCGAAGAGUAUUAAAUUUGAUUGUUGGGAAAAAGCAAAAUUAUAACGGAUACAAAAUGGGUACAUGUGCCUGGAUAUGUACAUUGGUAUCCCUUUAUAAUGUGUUUUCAUUAGAUCUUUAUCACUUGAAUGUUUCGAUUGCAUAGUGAAACAAAAUACUUGUUAGAAUUUUGUAUCGUUUUGUAUUAUUACUUAUACGCAAAUUAUUAUUAAUGAGGAGCUCGAAAAUAGUGUAUCCCUAUGGUACAUUAUUUUUAAGAAUUAUAUCUCUACAAUUAUUAUACAUACAUUCUUUACUUUCUUUUUUAAGAUCGCGUAUGUAAGAUAAAUGCAUAAAUUAAUUACGAUAGUUCGUUUCGUAUUACGUGUACAAACGUGCACUUUUGCGUAGCUUCUUUUUUUAUAGUUAUUUCCCUUAGUUAAUAAGUUUCUACUUUGAAAGUAAAACAAGCACUUUGUUCGACUAUAGUGUUCAGUGUCAUAAAAGAAACUUAAGGAACUUAAGUUAAUCUCAAGAGUAUAUUUUAUUGCUUAAUAAUUACAUUACCAUAGGGUUACAAGAUUUUUCGUUUAAUUUGUAUUAUGUUACUUUAUUAUCUGAAUAUGUACAACCGAUAUAGCAUGCAAUGACAGGUUGACGGAUGUAUGAUAGAAUGAACCUAAUGAUAUAAGGUGGAAAUGUAAUGAGUAAAAAAUAAUGGCGAGUGGUAAAAAUUAAACAUUGACCGAAGUAAUAAGUGACGAUAUGUGCUUUAGCCAGUGUGGUAUCAGAUGUGCAUACAAAUGGCUCCCUAACUUGGCACAGCAGUAUGGGUGUGCGUGUAGGGUUUUGUAUAAACGCGGAUCGUAGUGAACAAAAAUUUAUAAUCUGCGUUCUAUACAAAAAUGACAGAAUGCAUGUGUUGUAAUAUUGGAAUCCUGAUUAAGUCAUCCACGAAUAACAUUAGAGAUCAUUAUAUCAUCGAUAAUUGUACAUUAAUACGUGUAUUUGAAAUAUUUUCAAAUUAGUCCAGUCACUCGUUUAUGGUCGUAUUUUAAUAGUCAUCUAGUAUGCUCAUAUUUAGCGAAUUAUGUUCCUUUUUCAUUGAAUGUUUCUAUAAUAGGAAUAAUCAAAGAAAUAUCAAAUACUGUCAAAAACCUAUCUUCGUACGAAAAAACUCUUCACCCUAGAUAAGCGGAUCAAGUGUUAUUCGUGCGAUGGGUUAACUUAUUAUUUAGUAUAUGCAGACAUAGCCACUCAAGAAGUUCAAUUUAUUUUUUGCUUUCUAAUACAGAACGUUUUGCAAACGAUUUUAUAGUUAUGAUCCAUGGAAUAAAAGGAUCUUAAUAAAAUAUAAGAUCGAGAGCAGGGAAGAACAGUUUUUUAAAUACAAUAGUAAUAUACUUUCUAAUAUUAUAUUGUAUCUAGCUACAACAGUGAAAAAAAUGUUAACACAUAAAGUACCUGGCACACUGGUCUAUGCUCUCUUUUAUCCAGCUCACUAGAAAGUUCAUGCCUUAGAAUGCGUGGCAAAGUGUGCUAAAUAGACAGGAAGGUUAACGAGAGAGUCAGGAUAUAUACAAAAUGCACUGGCUAGUUAACAAGUAUACAAUACAAAACUAAUCUGCUAUCUACUAGCUUAAGAAGAUUUUUCUUUUAUUUAUUUUCGCUAUGGACCUAAAUGACAUUUAUCUCAUCGCUGUAAGAAUACGUGAAUGUUCUCUCUAAAAGGAAAAAGGAAAAAAAAUUUAUUGAUUGCGUAUUUCAUCUGUUGGCGUAUUUUCACUUGAACGGAAAGAAAGGAUAAUGUUUUAACGUAACACAUUGUAUUAAUCAUAGUGAAUAAAAAAAGUUUCAUACUUUUACUAAUUAAGCAGAGAAUGGAAAAUUACUUUAGAGAAAAAAAGCUAGCCUUAUUAUUUUUGACUACACUCAUGAGGCUCCACUUUUUAACCUUCAUGUACUUGCAUAAUGUGUUAUCAUUAUUGUUAGCUUUUGUUGUCAAUUUCAUGAAAACAGAGGAAUGUGUGUAAAGACUGCUAAACUAAAGAUUACCUGUUAUUUGGAUAUACCUAAAUUUAAAGUUAAAGAAAAGAUUAGGCUCAAAUUUCUCUGGUUACCUAUGAAACAAUAUAGGUACUCUUUAUAAUUCGUUAACUAAACAAUCCUUAUGUGACUACUGUUCGGUACAUUCUCUUUACAUAUCUAAAUCUGAGCAGGCUUCAGAAUGGCAAAAUGAUUAUGUCAAUUACGAAUUUAUUUAUCCCUAGGACUGUUCAGACGUAUCGUUGUAGUAUUUUACACAACAGCAAGAUAAAAAAGCAAACUUGUUGAAUGUAUCAUUUUAAUUUGUAAGAUGCUCAGCGUUAUACAAAUUUUUUCCUACAUACAAUUUUCGAAAGUCGAAUAAGUUUUUACCUAUUUAGUAAAGUUAAAUAUAGCUUUUAUCUAUUUAUUGUUUUAUAAUAAAUAUAUGAAAUACUGUUUAAUCAUUUCUUAUUCUAUGCAACAGAAUAUAAAUUGAUUGUUAAAAAACUUAUAUGUUCGCAAUUAAAUUGUACUACUUGUUUAAAUAUAGUAUAAUUUUCUACGUUAUGAAAAUAUCUUUUUGGUGUUUGUCUUGUUGAAAAAUUGUACAAUGUGUUUAGGUAAUGAAUUUUUGUAAUAUACAAAAGAGUAUCUUACAACUCAAAAUCAUAAACACGCAAGUAGGUUCGCAACGGUACAUCGAAAAUCAAUAAUUUAUAAAUAAGGAUCUAUUCACCCUCUAGUCUGUCCUAGGGCUAAAUCAAAAUUAGUCAGCGAAGAGAGCUAGUAAAUGUAAAUAAUAAUUUAAAGCCGUUUACGAUGAAACCUUUGUACGGAACGUAGUGACUAAGGCCAACGAAUUCUAUACUUUUCAUGCGUCUCGCGAAAGUUCGUUGAACGAAGAAAAAAAAAAAAUAAAUAACUUGUGGAACAAUGCGAACUUUAAAAAAAAAAA